AGUGGUGAAGUUCGUUUUUUUCCCCUGGACAUUCUAGCUGCUGUCAGUACCUUUGCUGGGGAGCGCUUGAUGAGAGUUUACUUGUCCUUCCAUGCUGUUCUUUCUGGGGUUUCCUUGUUUCUUUUUGUGAUCAGCUUCCAGAUGGCCCAGCAGUGCAUCCAAAACGAGUAUUUUGACAGAUUGCUUACUGCUUGCAAACCGUGUCACCUUCGAUGUUCUAACACCCCUCCUCCACCUUGUCAACAUUAUUGUGAUGCAAUGAAAGGAACAAAUGCGGUUCUCUGGACCUGUCUGGGCCUGAGCUUGAUCGUUUCUUUGACGGUUUUUGUGUUGAUGUUCUUGCUAAGGAAGAUGAAUCCGGAACCAUCCAAGGACGAACAUAAAAACACAGGCUUGGCUCUCCAGAACAAGGAGAAUGCUGGCCAGGAGGAGGGCCGUGCUAGCAGGAAUGGCGAGGAAGUUCUCUCGAGGAGCCUGGAAUAUACAGUGGAAGAAUGCACCUGUGAAGACUGUGUCAAUUCUGAAUCAAAGGUUGAUUCUGACCAUUUCUUUCCACUCCCAGCUAUGGAGGAGGGUGCAACUAUUCUUGUCACCACGAAAACAACUGACUACUGUAAUAGCCUGCUGGCUAGUGUCACAGAGAUGGAGAAACCCAUUUUUACCAGAUAAUUAACCAUUUCAAUGGUUGUAGAGCAGCUUUGAAAAUCGUAUGAUGGAAGGAUGAUGAUGUAUCAGAUCUCUUUAGGAUGAUUGUACGUAUCGAUUGUCGAUAGAGCUUUUUGUCCUGUAAUUCUAGAAAAUCUUUAUGUUAUAUGGACUUCACUACCUUAUUGAAAUUUCCUUGGUUUCAUGAUUAAAUUCUUGACUCACCGAAAAAAAGCACU